CAGACGCCAACAAAACGAUGGCCGGCCUCGAUUUGAAAAACAUUCCCGAUCGCGAGGAAGACAUUGACUUUUCCGACAUUUACGAGAAGCACACCAUUAAUGUCGACGAUGAUCUCGAUACAAUUGUCGUUGUUGAUGGCGCCCCUGUUGUUGAUGAAGCCAAGGAGGAAAAGUUGAUGAGCGUUCUGAAGAAGCUUUUCACCAAGUCCGCUGGUGAAAUCAAGGAAAGCGGCAUGUGGAUGCCCAUGUCUCCUAAUGACAAAGGCAAGAUUGAGAGCAAGGGUUACCUCUUUAUCGAUUUCGAGACACCUGAGGCUGCCCACGCUGCAGUCAAAAACUUGGACGGCCACAAGAUGAGCAAGACCCAUCAGCUCUCUGUUAACAAGUUCACCGAUGUCGAAAAAUACACCAGCAUGAAUGACACCUUUGUCGAGCCUGAAGCAGAGGAAUACAUUCCUAAGGAACAUAUUCGUAGCUGGCUUACUGACGAGCAGGCCCGCGACCAGUUUGUUAUGUACCGUGGUGACGAUGUGAGCAUCUUCUGGAACCAGAAGGCCGACACCCCAGACCAUGUCUACACCCGCCAGAACUGGACUGAGACUUACGUCCAAUGGUCUCCUCUCGGUAGCUACCUCUCUACAUUCCAUCAGAUGGGUAUUGCCCUCUGGGGUGGUCCUUCAUGGAGCAAGAUUGUGCGUUUUGUCCACCCAGGUGUUAAGCUCAUAGAUUUCUCACCUAACGAACGUUACCUCGUCACCUGGUCCAACGAUCCUAUCAGCCCCUCCAAGAUCCCCGAGGGAUCCCCCAACCCAUUCUCAGAGUACGAUGAAGGCAACCAGGUUGUCAUCUGGGAUGUCAAGACCGGUGCCCUCCUCCGUUCUUUCCCCGUACCUCAGAGUGCAGAUGCUCAAAAGACCGUCCGCUGGCCCAUGUUCAAGUGGUCUGCCUCCGAAAAGUACUUUGCCCGUAUUGUACCCGGUCAGCAGCUCUCUAUCUACGAAGCCCCAUCCAUGGGUCUGGUAGAUAAGAAGAGUAUCAAGAUUGACGGCAUUGUUGAUUUCGAAUGGUCCCCUGCAAAGGCUGACCAGAGUGAUUCCAAGAUCAUCCAGAAAGAAGAUGUUCUCGCCUACUGGACACCCGAGAUUGGCAACCAGCCCGCACGUGUUACCCUCAUGGCUGUUCCUAGCAAGGAGAUUAUCCGUACAAAGAACUUGUUUAACGUCACUGACUGCAAGCUUCACUGGCAGUCAAAGGGUCACUUCCUUGCCGUCAAGGUUGACCGUCACACCAAAACUAAGAAGUCUACUUUCACCAAUAUUGAGAUUUUCCGUGUGUGCGAAAAGGGUAUUCCUGUUGAGACUUUGGAGAUUAAGGAACAGGUAUUGGCAUUCGCCUGGGAGCCCAAUGGUGAGCGUUUCGCUGCCAUCACUACCUCCGAUCCAGCUCCAGGUACUACUGCUGGUCAAGGUGCUGCCCCUGUUACUGCAAAGACCGCCAUCACCUUCUAUUACCUUGACACCAGCAAGGCCAUUGCCGGAUUCAAGCCCCUCAAGGUUAUUGAUAAGAAGACCGCCAACUUCAUGUACUGGUCUCCCAAGGGUCGCCACAUUGUGUUUGCCACUCUUCGUAGCUCCAGUGUUUUCGAUCUUGAGUUCUGGGAUCUUGACUUUGAACCCCUCUCCACCGAAGGUGGUAAGAAGGACGAUAUUGGUGCAUCUGUUCAGUUGCUUUCUACCCAGGAACAUUAUGGCGUGACCGACAUCGAAUGGGACCCUACUGGUCGCUACGUCGUUACUGGCUCCAGCAUGUGGCGCCACACCGCUGACCAUGGUUUCUGUCUUUGGGACUUCAAGGGCCAGUUGUUGUUGAAGCAAAACAUCGAGAAGUUCAAGCAGCUUCUCUGGCGCCCUCGCCCCAAGAGCCUGUUGUCUGCUGAACAAAAGAAGAAGAUCAGAAAGAACCUCAGACAGUACAGCAAGGUGUUUGAUGAACAGGAUCUUGCAGCAGGUGAUGCCAACACAGCUCAGUUUAUUGCUGGUCGCAGAAAGGCUAUUGAGGAAUGGUACGGCUGGAGAAAGCAGUGCGAGAAGAAGUUGGCUGAGGAGCGCAAGGCACUUGGUAAAGAAUUACGGUCUGUUGACGACGGCAAGUCUGAAACCAUUGAAGAAUGGGUUGAAGAGGUCAUCGAAGAAACCGAAGAAAUCGUAUAAAAAUUCCACAACGCAGUACAUAAUAAAGAUCCUUUUGCUGUUGCCAUAUUCAAACAGCAGCAACUACUACUACCAC